AUGUCGGAGGAGGCUGACGUCCCCGAGUACAGAGUCCAGGUGGAUAGCUUCGAACCUGCACGUCGCGGACGUCAUGUGAUCUACACCCUCCUCAUCCGACGGGGAAACGCACAGUGGCCUAUUCGACGGCGAUUCCGACAGGUCGUCAAGCUGCACGAGCAGCUUCUUCAAGGUUUUGGCAGGUCUUCCAUGAAAGAGGGCCUGCCGAGACUACCGCCCAAACUGACAUACAGGUCCAUCUUCUGCGGACAGCAGGAUCAGCGAUUUCUGCAAGUGCGGGCCGUGCAGUUGCAAGAGUACUUCGAGGCUCUUCUGCGGUAUAUUCCGUACGUGGACCAGUGCGAGGCUCUUCGAGAAUUCCUCUGCAGCGUGGAUGUGAGCAACAUGAGUUAUGAUGCGCUCUUAGACUUGGAGCAGGCCCUCGGGCGCGGGAGCCCCGGGCGCCGCAUCGACGCGGCGCUCAUCGCCGCGCUGCCGAAGCGGAGCGACCGCCGGAGCGAGGCGCCGACUCAGAACAUCUGCGUCAUCUGCCAGGAGGCGAUGUUGAAGAGCGAAGACAUUCGGGUACUUCCAUGUGGCCAUGAGUACCACUACGAGUGUAUCUCUCAGUGGAUCCCGGAGCGCAAUUCCUGCUGUGUGUGCCACAGCGUGGCUGUCGAGACGCCGGAAUCGGCAGACGAAGAAGAGGACUGCUGA